GAAUUUCAUGAAAUGAGCAGUCGCAAAUCAAAGAGUAACAGCUUAAUACAUGCAGAAUGCCUUUCACAGUUACAAAGGAUUUUACGUGAAAGAUUUUGUCAUCAAAAUUCCCAUAGUAACCUUUUUGGAGUACAAGUACAAUACAAACAUUUAAUUGAGUUGCUAAAAAGAACUGCAAUUCAUGGAGAAAGUAACUCUGUUCUCAUUAUUGGACCUCGAGGAUCAGGAAAGACCGUGUUAAUGAAUCAUGCUUUAAAAGAACUCAUGGAAAUAGAAGAAAUAAGGGAAAAUGUUUUACAAGUUCACCUAAAUGGGCUCCUGCAGAUUAAUGAUAAAAUUGCCCUAAAGGAAAUCACAAGGCAGUUAAAUCUGGAAAAUGUAGUUGGAGAUAAAGUGUUUGGAAGCUUUGCUGAAAACCUUUCAUUUCUUCUGGAAGCUUUAAAAAAAGGUACCAGGAGCACCAGCUGCCCAGUGAUCUUCAUUUUAGAUGAAUUUGAUCUUUUUGCCCAUCAUAAAAACCAAACACUGCUUUAUAAUCUUUUUGAUAUUUCUCAAUCUGCACAGACUCCAGUAGCAGUUAUUGGUCUUACGUGUAGAUUGGAUAUUUUGGAACUCUUAGAGAAAAGAGUGAAGUCACGAUUUUCACACCGACAGAUACACUUAAUAAAUUCAUUUGGUUUUCCACAGUAUAUUAAAAUUUUUAAAGAACAAUUAUCCUUACCUGCAGAAUUUCCAGACAAGCUUUUUGCUGAGAAAUGGAAUGAGAAUAUUCAGAGUCUCUCAGAUGAUAGCAGUAUACGAGAAGUACUACAGAAGCAUUUCAAUAUCAACAAAAGCCUGCGAUCAUUACACAUGCUGUUGAUGCUUGCUUUAAAUCGUGUAACAACAACACACCCAUUUGUGACUGCAACGGAUUUGAUCGAGGCCAGUCAGCUGUGUAGCAUGGACUCUAAAGCAAACAUUGUUCAUGGUUUGUCCGUUCUGGAAAUUUGUCUUAUAAUAGCCAUGAAACAUUUAAAUGAUAUCUAUGAAGAGGAACCCUUUAAUUUUCAAAUGGUCUAUAAUGAAUUUCAGAAGUUUGUUCAAAGGAAGGCUCAUUCUAUUUAUAAUUUUGAGAAACCUGUUGUCAUGAAGGCUUUUGAACACCUACAGCAGCUAGAAUUAAUAAAGCCCAUGGAAAGACCAUCAGUAAAUGCACAGAGAGAAUACCAGCUGAUGAAACUGCUUUUGGAUAAUACUCAAAUUAUGAAUGCUCUCCAGAAAUACCCCAACUGUCUGACAGAUGUUAGGCAGUGGGCAACCUCCUCCCUAAGCUGGUUAUGAAUAUUAACCGAGGACUUAAGUAUUGGAGUCCUAUUCUUGCUUCUGAAGAACUACAAAGCUGUUAUUGUCUUUGAAAAGAUAAUGUUACUACAUUUUCUUGUAUUUAUAAAAAGUAUGUAUUUUUGUACUUGUGAGAGAUUGCAGCACAUAUGAGAAUCUUGACUGUGUCUUGUUUUUGGAUAUAUGCACUGUUGCAUGAUUUAUACUUCCAAUAUUGAUUUAGAGUA